CAUCUAAUAUAGUUCUUAAAAAUGCUCCCAUUAACACAGCAACUAUAGCAAAUAUGUUGCCAAACUAUACCGGUAAUAAUACAAAAACUUCAACAAUAGGUUUAACCAUACCCAGUGCUAAUGCGGUGACAGCCUCAACUGGAACCUCGUCUACCAUAUCGGGUACCAUAAUGUUGCCAGUGCCAUCAUUACCUACGGUACAAUUACCACCUUCUCUUACAGCUAAACCCAUUUUAGCCAGCAUACCAACAUCAACGAAUAACAUUACAUCAACUGCUACAAACUCAUCCUCCUCUGCCUCCCUGGCUAAUACUUCGCACAGUUAUAGUACACCAGCCUCGUUGACAACGACCUCUAUGCCUUCACAGGUAUUUGCAUUGCCACAACUCUCAGCUAAAGGACCCAUACCAAUGCCCUCAAGUAAUACCGCUAGUUCGGUGGGUUGUCUUAUUAUCGAGCCACAAUUAUUCGCCUCGGCUGAUACAUUUAAAAAGGAAUUUAAUAAUACAUCAUCUUCUGUCUAUUCUUCCUCAUCGACAGCACAAAUAACUCCAUCGGGUCUACAAAUUUAUCCGAAUGUUAGUAAUAACUCACAAACCAUGGCAAAUCGUUUGACAUCACCACUUAUUACAAAAAUACGACGCGUACAACCAUCACCACAAUCUUCUGCAAUUAAUUUAAGUUUUUCCACUGCACCCUCAGCAUCAGCCACAUCAGCGACAUCGGCUCUAUCGUCUUACCCAACAAAUGGCUAUUCCUCUUUAACGAACAGUUUUAUGCCCUCUUUAGGAAGUGCUACUACAAUAACAGCUACAACAGCCACAAAUGGCUUAGGUAGUGGUAGUACAACAGCAGGACCGCCGCCCAUUAAGAAACUCAAAUCCGCUGAGGUUGAUAUAUCGGCCAUAUUACAGGCUAAUCGUGAUUUAGAUGCCAAUACUUUAUUUUUCCUUAGUUUGGCUCGUUCGGUGCGUUCUAUGCCCACGAAAUUUCAAUCUUUGGCUAAAAUGCGUUGUAUGCGUAUAGUCAGUGAUAUAGAAAUGGAAUUGGACAGCGUUAGCAAUGAGGCAAAUGGGGAAAGCAACAAUUUGAAUAACAAGUACUGUACAAAUGAUACAGAUGCACCACCUACCGCUGGUGUAAUUAAUAAUGUCAAUGAAACCCCAUUGUCGGAACAUUUUGUUUAUGUCAUGUCUCCCUCACGUGUCGAAAGUAUGAUAGAUUUAUCAUCUGAUGAUGAGAAUCCGGGCAAUAGUGGAAAUUAAUUGAUUAGAAAGUUAUACUUUUAUAAAUAAAAUAUAACUUCAGCUAAGUUUGAAGUAAAAAAACAAUUUAUAUUGAAAAAAAUUAAAGAGUUAGAGUUAAUUGUAAAAUUUAACUAUUAUUUAUGUAAAUAUUUUUCUCCUUUUUUUCUUUCUUUCUUUUCUUUUUCUACUAAAUUUAAUAUUAUAUGUAUGCGAGUAACGUUUCAGAGAAACAGUAAAAAUUAAGAAAAUUAAACAGUAUUGUAAUAUUAUUUAUAUAGUUGUUGUUAUAAUGCUUAAAUUAUAAUGAAAAAUAAAGAAUUUUAAUGAAUAUUCAA